UGGCUCUAAAGCUGAUUCCGACUCGCUUCGCCCAUCCAACUCUCAGCUCAACACCAACCUCAACUAUCCGCGGACCGCUCUCAUCCUCGACGCCAUCGACUCCGCAAUACAACUUUACAAGCUCAACUGGCUCACUCGGAGCAACCGAUCGAUGGUCAUCAAGCACUUUACGUCGACAGGCCUCACUCUCACAAGUCGGUCAACAGCCCUCACUCUCACAAGUCGCUCCACGCCCAUACUCUCAGGAUGGUACCCAAAAGAAUCUGGCUAUCGUACAACAAUCGGCUCAGUUGCGUUCUAACACAAGAGCUCGAGUUCGUUAUUGACCUCGCCAAGGCGGCCAGAAACGAAUUCUUGCCUUAUCUGCGUGACUUCGCCACGCCGGAUAUCACCCUGCAUGUCGAUGAGGAUGCAGAGGCGCUCACUCCACACUCACGCCUUGCAGAACAGGCUGCACAACUCUCCCAUUGCAGCGCACCAGAGACUCCUCUUGUACUGAAAGUAAAAUCGGACGUUGCCCCGGAGACUCCUCUUGCAGCGAAAGGUAUUCCUGCCACAAUCUGGCUAUCGUACAACAAUAAGCUCACCAGCGUCCGAACACAAGAGCUCGAGUUCGUCGAUCACCUCGCCGAGGCGGCCAGAAACAAAUUCUCGCCUUAUCUGCAUCACUUCGCCACGUCGGAUAUCACCCUGCAUGUCGAUGAGGAUGCAGAGGCGCUGGCUACAGACUCAGCCCUUGCGGAAAUCGCGGCACAACUAUCCCCUUGCGGCGUCUCAAAGACUCCUCUUAUAGUGAAAGUCCCAGAAUUUAAAGCAGGAUCGAAAGUUGAAGAGGGCCUCAUACGCUUCUGGAAGGCUCUACCAGAGGCCAGUUUGGUUGUCGACGGGGAGGUGGAAUACUUGGAGCUAAAAGAGUCUUACAUUCUCGGAAUCAAAAAACUUGGUGACCGCCUACUCGUGCGCCCUAUUUACAAAGAGCUCUGCGAGCUUUUUGAGGUCGAGGGCUAUGAUCAAUGGGUCGUUACCGGUACUCCUGGGAUUGGAAAAACCUUUUUUUCCGUCUACUACAUGUGGAUCGCUGCGCGCAAGAAAAAAGCUGUGUUGUGGCAGAAUCCCUUCUUUCCUGAUGAUGUGUGCUAUUUGAUGACAUCAAGCGGCAUUGCACCGGUUCGUACUUGGGGUUCUGAGAUUGACGGCGUUCUCGCAGAAUUCGACCCAGUACACAUUGUGGAUGGUCGAGCUCCAAAAUUGAGAAACGUCUGGACUCUCCUCGUCACCUCUCCACAGCACAAUCACUACCACCAAUUUCUCAAAGACGACGAUUCAAAUCUAUUGUAUAUGCCGCCUUGGAGUUAUGAGGAAUUGCAAACUUGCAAAGCUAUCCUUUAUCCAGAUGAACGAAUAUUGCCCACAACGCUCAUGGACCGGGUUUUCAAAUGGUACGGCGGUGUGCCGAGAUACGUUCUUGCUCGGGCCUCAACUGAAUUCAAACGAAAGGGUGGCAACGAGGACGCCGCAUUUCAAGCGGUGAAUCGGAGUCUGACUGAAGCCAUCAACCGAGGUGGCAUAAUGGAUGCUAUCAAAGCCUAUCAGAACAAAACUACCGAUGGACAAAAUUCGCAUCGUGUGAUACACAUUUUUAGUCACCCCUCUGGAGAACUCACUCAGUUUCACUUGUCAUGGGCAUCAGACCAAGUAGCAACCGAAAUGUCCAAAAUAUAUGAGCAAGAACUUCGCUUUAACAUUCUGAACUUGCUCCGAAAUUUUCCCGAUGGUAGCAAUUUCCGUGGAAUGCUCUUCGAGAUCCACGCUCAAAACGUGUUGCAAGAAGGUGGAACCUUUCAAGUCCGUCCACUUGGCGAAGGAGAUCCGCGAAGUGGCCAGGACAUUAAGAUCACGUUUCCCGUAGCCGAACGUCGGACCUUCAUAACUUACGAAGAAGUUGACCUACGCACCGACGUGUUCUGGAAGCCGUGCAGUCCAACUCUGGCUUCAAUUGAUUUGUUGCGUGGACCAGCAAAUUUUUUUCAAAUUACAGUUUCCAACACACAUCCGAUCAAGCAUCAGGGCCUCAGCAAAGCUCUAGAGCUGGUGGACAAGUCCGAAUCCAGCCGAAGGCUUUACUUCGUGGUCCCAUCCAAUAUUUAUUCGACUUACAAACAUCAGCCGUAUCAUACCAAAGACGGGAAGAUAUACAAGCGAAACCUUGGUGACGUUGGCAAAGUAGAGCAGUGGGCUUUGAUGAUUCCAAUAGGGGCCGAGAAUCUGUCAAGAGGAGAUGAGGAACCCCCCAAAAAGAAGCAGACUGUCUGAAGAGACACACCAAAAAAGACUGUUGUGCUAGCCCCCUUGUUCAUCAUCUGAAUAGAACUAUAGUCCAGACAACUCCACCAUGCUCACAGAAAUUGCCACACUGCUUGAUUGGACAACUUACACACAUCAUCAGUCACAAUUAGAUAUGCUUGUACUUGCAUUAUGCUAGAUCUGUAGUGUUAUGAGUAAAAUCAAAAACAGUAUAAAAAAGUAAAUGUGUUAUAUCACAUAAGUUCAAAGAUCAAUUUCACUACAGCUAUUCCGGGAAGUCUUGUCCACUUGGACUCGAGAAUUAUUUUUUAUUUUUUUAUUUUUUUUAUUUUUUAUUUUUUUACUGAACUGGACCUGUCAGAACUGAACUACUGAUGACAGCUGUACCUCC